CAAAAUCCUCCCCAAAACAUCUUUACCAAACCAAGGAAAGUAACAAAGGAGUUGCAAAAUGCUCAGAUUCUCGUCAUCUCAUCUAAAUUUCUCAUCAAAGUUUGUUCCAAACACUCCCCAUUCUCUCUCCCUCUCUAGUCUUUCUUCCAUUUUUCUCUUCUUUAACCCUCUUUCUCUCUUCAAAAACAGACCCAUCAAUGGAAAACUCAUCAAAAUUCCAAGAAAAUCCAAACCCAUCUUCAAAUUACCAUCUCAUCUAAUCUCUCAUCAAGGUUUGUUCCAAACACCCCCAUUCUCUCUCUCCCUCUCACUCUUUCUUCCCCUUUAACCCUUUUUUCUCUCUUCAAAAUCAGACCAUCAAUGGAAUACCCAUCAAAAUUCCAAGAAAAUCAAAACCCAUCUCCAAACAGCCAUAGCACCAACAGUACAAGCAGUAGCAGCAGCAGCAAUGGCCUCAGCCACCAACCACCACCCAAACCCAUCACCAAAUCCGAACCCAACAACCCGUACCCGACCACCUUCGUCCAAGCCGACACCUCCUGCUUCAAACAAGUAGUUCAACUCCUCACCGGAUCAUCCGACACCGCCAAACACGCCGCCCGACCCGACCCACCAAGAAACCCGAUCCCACCCAUCAAAUCCGGACCCAAGAAACAACCCUCUUCUUCAAAGCUCUACGAGCGACGAAACAGCCUGAGGAACUUCAAAAUCAGCCCUUUGGUACCCGGACUCGCCCACACUUCCGGGUCCUCGCCCCGACAACCCGCUUUGCCAGAGAUUUUGUCGCCGAGUAUACUUGACUUCCCAUCUCUGGUUCUCAGCCCGGUCACUCCUCUCAUACCCGACCCGUUUAACAGGUCUCAACACAGUACACCCACGAGUGUUGGAAGCUUGGAUAUGGAGGCUGAGAGCGAAGCAAUAGCCCAAAAGGGUUUCUAUUUGCACCCGUCGCCGGCGAAUACUCCGAGAGAGUCGGAGCCCCGACUCCUUCCUCUGUUUCCGGUUACUUCGCCCCGGUUCUCAGGUUCUUCUUCAUGUUCUUGAGCACGUUUCUAUUAUUGUAUUUUUUUUUUUUUUGGUGGUUAAAUUUUUAUAUAUAGAUAAUUAUAUAAAUUGGAAUUAAUGUGGCAAA